AUCAAUUUUGUUUUCUGGUUCUCAUCACCACACUUCAAUUUUAACAUUUUCAGCCACAGCCUUUGCUUUGCGGCCAUGGCGGCUCGUGCGGCAGGCCUCCACACCUAUUCACCAUCGCUAACGCUUCUCCUUCCCUUCUUCCACCGCCAAACUGGUCUCGGCACUUCCUUUUUCUGUUUCAACCGAUUAUCUUCAACCGCCCGGCUUUCCUCCACUGCAAAACUUUCUGCAGCGGCGGUUCGCUCUCAGGCCAAGCGAGGCUUCUCAUUCAAAGAAGACGAAGUAGCUUCCCCUGCUGAUCUUCAUUUUGAGGCACCACUCAAAAUCGUGGAAUAUCCGGACCCUAUACUGAGGGCGAAGAACAAGCGAAUCGAUAUGUUCGAUGAGAAUUUGAAGAAGCUGGUGGAUGUAAUGUUCGAUCUAAUGUACAAAACUGAUGGUAUUGGGCUCUCAGCACCCCAAGUAGGAAUUAAUGUUCAACUUAUGGUGUUUAAUCCAGUUGGAGAGCCCGGUGAGGGAGAGGAAAUCGUUCUUGUCAAUCCAAGAGUUAACAAAUAUUCAAAGAAAAUGGUGCUUUUUAAUGAAGGCUGCCUAUCCUUUCCUAGGAUUCAUGCUGAUGUUGAGAGACCAGAAUCCGUAAAGAUUGAUGCAAGGGACAUUAAUGGUGCUAGGUUUACUGUCAACUUGUCAGGUCUUCCUGCAAGGGUUUUCCAGCAUGAAUUUGACCAUUUGCAGGGGAUUCUGUUCUUUGAUAGAAUGACUGAAGAAGUUCUUGACAGUAUUCGUGGAGAUCUACAGGCCUUAGAAAAUAAAUAUGAGGAUAAGACUGGACUCCUGAGUCCUGAAAGAAUUGAAACGCGCAAAAGAAAGAACGUUGCUGUUGGUUUUGGGAAAUCAUGAUUGCAGACAUGGGCUUAUCCAGAUGCAUCAGAUAUAUAAAAAUGUGACAUUUGGGCUGAUACUGCAGAUAUUGUGCCUCAGAAUUUGCUGAUAUUGAACUUAAAAGCAUAUGUUACAAGUUGGUGGUUGCAAUAGAUGGUUGUGCUGCAAGUUAUUGACAAAAGAAGUGAUUGCAUGUAGCUUUUAGUUGAUAUAUGUAAUGAAUGUUCAAUAGCUUGUAUUGUUUGUCAGGAUAUUUCAUUUGUCAAUGCAUAUACUUGUCCUAAAAA